AUGUGCAUGGCGGCUCGCAUCUUGGCCAUACGGCCGAUGGCGGCAUCUUUGUCCCUGGCACUGUCGCGCGAAGUGCUGCUCCGAGGCGUCAAGACGGGCGAGACACUGAGGGUGGAUGCUGGACCCGACGUUGUGCUUGAACCGGACGUCGGUGCAGCGACAUUGGAGUCGAAGGUGCUGCUGCCGGAAGCAGCCGAUGCCGACGCAGACGCAGAUGCGCUGACCUUGCGCAGAGCGUCCAGUGCCAUUCUGUAUGCGCAGAGUCUCUAUCUGGCGAGCUUGCGUUGGGGCCAAGCUUUUGCUCGCCAGGGGGAGAAAUCUGGCGGCAGCGCCGAUGCGCCGAUGCAGGCGUCGAAUUAG